AUGUCGGUUCAGGUUCCAGUGCGGCAUCCUGCAGAGGACAGCAUUGUCUUUCCCCAGCCCCCAAAACCGUCCCUCCUCUUCGGUCCAACAGAUCCGCCCCUGGUUGAUUUGACGCUCGGAGAACUGCUCGACUUGCAAUGCAUGCAGCACGGCACGAGGGAAGGACUGGUGAUCCCCUGGACCGGUGCGCGAUGGACCUACAACGAGAUCAAUCAUCACAGCCGCCUGCUUGCGGCGGCGCUGCUAGAGAUGGGCAUCGGCUUGGGUGAUAGGGUGGGUAUCAUGGCCGGCAACUGUGAGCAGUAUGCCUCAGUGUUCUUCGCCGCCACCAGGAUAGGGGCCAUCCUGGUCAUCCUCAAUAACACGUACACCCCGACCGAGGCGCAGUACGGCCUCGACUUUUCCGAAUGCAAGGUCUUCUUCACCACCAAGAGAAUAGGCCGGCUCGACCAGCAGCCUCUGCUCACCCAACUCGCAGCACGAGCCAAGGGACCCAAGGUGGUGAUGCUCCGGGGCGACUCGGACGGGUACACGACGUACAAGGACCUGCUCACGCAGGGCUCGCGCGUCGACCCCGAGCAGCUCCACCACGCUGAGGCCAAGGUGCUGCCUCACAUGGUCUGCAAUCUGCAAUUUACCAGCGGCACCACCGGCAUUCCCAAGGCCGCCAUGCUGACCCAUCACAACAUUGUCAACAACUCGCGGUUCAUCGGCGACCGCAUGCGCCUUACCCCGUCCGACGUCCUCUGCUGCCCGCCCCCGCUUUUCCACUGCUUCGGCCUCGUGCUCGGCCUCAUGUCAGUCCUGACGCACGGCGCCAAGAUUGUCUACCCAGCCGAGCUUUUCGACGCGCCGUCGACCCUCCGCGCCAUCAUCGCGGAGCAAUGCACCGCCGUGCACGGCGUGCCGGCCAUGUUCGACAGCCUGCUCGCGUUACCCGAGGCCAAGCACCUACGCGCGGCAGACCUCCGGCUGCGGACGGGCAUCGUGGCGGGCGCGCCCGUGCCGCGCUAUCUCAUGGAGCAGAUGGUGUCGCGGCUGGGCAUGGCCGAGUUCACGUCGAGCUACGGGCUCACCGAGGCGAGCCCGACGUGCUUCAACGCCUUCACCGACGAUCCCAUCCAGACACGCCUGACGACGGUCGGCACGCUCAUGCCUCACGCCAUGGCCAAGAUUGUGGACCGAGAGGGCAAUGUCGUGCCGGUGGGCUCCAAGGGCGAGUUAUGCAUUGCGGGCUAUCAGCUGCAGGCCGGGUAUUGGAAUAACUCGGAGAAGACGAACGAGGUCAUGAUGAGGGAUGAGAGCGGCGUGUUGUGGCUGCAUACCGGCGACGAGGCCGUGUUUGAUGAGAGGGGUUACUGUACGAUCACGGGACGGUUCAAGGACAUCAUCAUCCGCGGCGGGGAGAACAUCUACCCCCUGGAAAUCGAGGAGCGGUUGAUGGCCCACCCGGCUAUCGGGAUGGCGGUGGUGGUGGGCUUGAAAGACGCGCACUAUGGCGAGGUGGUCGGCGCGUUCUUGGACGUGGACGCCAGCCUGGGGCAGAGGCAACGGCCCGGGCUAGAGGAGGUCAGGGAAUGGGUGAGGAGAAGGCUCGGCAAACACAAGGCGCCGACCCAUGUGUUCUGGCUCGGUGUGGAUGGCGUGCCGAGCGCGGUGCCCCUGACGGGCAGCGGCAAGGUCCGCAAGUUUGAGAUGGCGCAGUUGGGCAACAAGUUGCUGGAGUCGGCUGCGGCGAAGGCGAAGCUUUAG